GUUGGUUUUAAAUUUCUAUCUGGCAAAGGAGUUUUUGGUUUAGCCGAGCCGUUUACAUACGUUACUAGCGGAGAUUCGGCUAGCUCAUCCCAGCGACAGCAACCCCCUCGCCAUUGAUCAGGAUAAUUUGCGGAAAGAUCACAGCCAUGCUUAUAAGUACAACUACCUCAUAAUCAGUAGUUGGGUACACGACACGAGGAAGAGUCCAAAGUAGAUUGAGAUUAUAAAACUGCAGAUGGCUUCUGCACAACUGGGGGAGUCCUUCAGGCCGGAAACCGAUUAUGAACGAUGGCUUCGAGAGCAAGAUAGACACUAUAGGCCAGGAUCUCGCCCAGUAUAUGGACCAGACAGGCAGAAUCUCGACGAUUCCAUUGCGAAUGGAAAAUGGAGAGGUCGGUUCAGCGAAGGCACUGGCCUCAAUUGUUACUCAGUGAUGUGGAACAUUGUUCUGUCGAUAUUACUUAUAAUGGUCAUCAUAAAGACAGCGAGGUCAUGUCGGAAGCGGCGCCAGCAGGGUGGCAUUUCAUUUUCUGGGAAAACUGGGGACAAAAUAAGGAACGAUGCAUAACGCCAACAGGUCCCUUUUGGAUACUGUGAUGUAGCCAGAGCGACUUGAAUACUGGAAAGUCAAGCAAUAUUGAGUCUGACAUAUGAAAAUGCGUAGAUUAUUCGAACAUGUCUUGUG